AGGUUGAAAGCGACCUGAAACCCCCAAAAAUACCAACUACGUUUUGGGUGAAAGCCGGUGGAAAGGAGAGAGAGAGAGAGUUCCCUUCGAGUAGGAUGCCGCGGGCGGUGGAGCUCAUAUGGGGGAAGCAGGAGCCACCAGAGCUAUGUAGGAAUGCUGCUGUGAGUAACCGAUGAGGACGCCUGUUGAUGACGCUGGAAAGAACAACGACAGAGGAAAAGGGCCGAAAACGAACACCACGCAUGAACCAAAAGGGGGAUGUGAACCGACCUCAGAGAAAGGGUCGGAAUCAGGAGAGCUCAGGUUAGUAGGCGGCACGUCGGAAAACGAACUCCACUUGCUGCCGCCGAGUGCUGGUGGAUAACUCUUCGCAGCCCGCAGCCGUGAAGAGGGACGAAGGUGCAGCAGCAGACGUGGACCAGGACGAGGAAGAGAGACCAGCGAUGCACGAUAGAGAGAGAGAGAGAGAUGGGCGUGAAUUUUAGCGACUCACUGGCCCUGAACUCGACGGCCGGUGGAAAUCCAGCUGCGACCGGCCUGUCGACGGGCUUAGGGACGGGAGGCGACGGGUUCCACGCGAUUAAGAGGAGCGAAUCGGAGCCGAACCUCGACGACAUCUUCUUUCUGAACGGCGACGUAGACGGCGCCGGCGGCGGCCUCGGCAUCAAGGGAGAAAAUCGAGCCUCCUGCGACGGUCCAGCGUUCUUCCCCGAAAUUCCCACCGACCACUGCAUCUUUGAAGUGCUCCGCGGCGAUCGGGGUUCUAUUAACGGCCUUACAAGCUGUGGACAAUUCACAAUGCCUGGAUGGUCCCCUGCUCCGAUCAACAGGGCCUCAAGUCUGACAUCCAUGUGUAGUGGCUUAACUCAGAGAUGUACAAAGCCAGGAGUCGGAGAAAGUCCAAUGUUGCCUUGUAAACCUAAAGGUGGAGACACUCAAGCAAAUAUUGCAAGUAGUGGUUCAUCAAGGGGCCAUUCUGAUGAUGAUGACAUGGAAAUAGAAGUUGGACCAAGUGAACAAAGCAUAGACAAAGAUGAGUUGAGACGCAUGAGACGGAUGGUGUCUAACAGAGAGUCUGCUAGGCGAUCAAGAAAAAGAAAGCAGGCACAUUUGAAUGAACUGGAGUCACAAGUAGAUCAACUUAGAGGUGAGAACUCGUCACUGUACAAGCAACUAACGGAAAUAAGUCAGCAAUGUGAAAAUGCGGCAAUCAACAACCGUGUUCUGAAGUCAGACGUUGAAGCCCUAAGAGCAACGGUGAAGUUGGCACAAGAAUUGGUUGCUAGAGGACCUCUCACAAACAUUGUAAACCAUCAACUCCUGCAGCCAACACCCUCUGCACUUCCAUUCAGUCCCCGCAACAGAUCUCUUGACAUCCCAACCAUGCUUGAUGGGGAAUGUUAUCAAGACAUAUCCGCAGUAGCUGGCAUUGGAUCCAAUGGAACUGAGAGCACUGAGUCAAGCAUCAAGAUAAAAUCAGAUGGAAGCAUACCAGCACAGCAGCCAAUAAACCUGGAGCAGUUGCAAAACCAUGCCAAUGCUGGAUCGGAUGCCUGGAUUUGGGAUGCAACUCCGCUUAGCAAGCAGAGCUAGUCUAUUUCUCUGAUGAAGGUCCACGUCCAUCUUAAUUGCUACGAUGUGUCGUUUUUGGUUGACCUUUGGAGUUUCUUUCUAUCCGUAAACAAUGUGCAAAAUGACAGAAUUGCA